AGGCUGAGGGCGAAGCUGAGAACACCUCCCGCGCCGGUUUGCAGGUUACCAUGGCAUCUGGAUCCAACAUGAAGGCUCCUAUUUGUCUAGUGGAAAACCAGGAAGAGCAGCUGACAGUCAAUCCAAAAGCAUUAGAGAUCCUUGACAAGAUUUCCCAGCCUGUGACCGUGGUGACUAUUGCAGGACAGUAUCGCACAGGAAAAUCCUACCUAAUGAAUCGCCUGGCAAGACAGAAUCAUGGCUUCCCUCUGGGCUCCACAAUAAGGUCAGAAACCAAGGGCAUCUGGAUGUGGUGUCUGCCUCACCCCUCCAAGCCUAACCACACUCUUGUCCUUCUGGACACUGAGGGCCUGGGUGAUGUGGAAAAGGGUGACCCUAAGAAUGACCUGUGGAUCUUUGCCCUGGCCGUGCUUCUGAGCAGCACCUUUGUCUACAACAGCAUGAGCACCAUCAACCACCAGGCCCUGGAGCAGCUGCACUAUGUGACUGAACUAACAGGACUAAUCCGGGCAAAAUCCUCUCCCAGACCUGCUGACGUAGAGGACUCCACUGAAUUUGUGAGUUUUUUUCCAGACUUCGUUUGGACUGUACGAGAUUUCGUAUUGGAGCUGGUGUUAGAUGGACACCCCAUUACUGAAGAUGAGUACCUGGAGAAUGCCUUGAAGCUGAUUCCAGGCAAGAACCCCAAAAUCCAAAGUUCCAACAUGCCUAGAGAGUGUAUCAGACAUUUCUUUCCAAAACGGAAGUGCUUUGUCUUUGACCGGCCAACAAGUGACAAAAAACUCUUAGCCCAUGUGGAGCAACUGUCAGAAGAUCAGCUAGAUUGUAAUUUCCAGUCACAAUCAAAAAAUUUCUGUUCAUAUAUCUUCACCCAUGCAAAGACCAAAAAUUUGAGAGAGGGAAUCAUUGUCACUGGAAACCGGCUGAGGACUCUGGUUGUGACCUAUGUGGAUGCCAUCAACAAUGGAUCAGUGCCUUGUUUGGAGAAUGCAGUGACAACUCUGGCUCAGUGUGAGAACACAGUGGCCGUGCAGAAGGCAGCCGACCACUACAGUGAGCAGAUGGCCCAGCGCGUGAGGUUCCCCACAGACACGCUGCAGGAGCUGCUGGACGUGCACGCAGCCUGUGAGAGGGAGGCCCUUGCUGUCUUCAUGGAGCUCUCCUUCAAGGAUGAAAAUCGGGAAUUCCAGAAGAAGCUCAUGGACACCAUAGAGAAAAAGAAGAAAGAUUUCUCAUUGCAAAAUGAAGAGGCAUCUGUCAAAUAUUGCCAGGCUGAGCUUAAGCAGCUAUCAGAGACCCUGAUGGAAAGGAUUUCAAGAGGAACUUUCUCUGUUCCUGGAGGGCACAAUCUCUUCUUAGAAGCAAAGAAGAAGGUUGAACAGUACUAUAAGCUAGUGCCCAGGAAAGGAGUUAAGGCAAAUGAAGUCCUCCAGAACUUCCUGCAGUCACAGGCGGCUAUAGAGAAAUCCAUCCUGCAGUCAGACAAAGCCCUCACAGACAGAGAGAAGGACUUAGCAGCCGAGCGGGCCAAGAAGGAGGCAGCUGAGAAGGAGCAGGAGCUGCUAAGACAGAAACAGACGGAGCAGCAGCAAAUGAUGGAGGCUCGAGAGAGAAGCUACCAGGAAAAUCUUGCCCAACUGAAGGAAAAGAUGGAGCGGGAAAGGGAAAACCUUCUGAGAGAGCAGGAAAAGAUGCUGGAGCACAAGCUGAAGGUCCAAAAAGAACUGCUUAUAGAAGGAUUUAAAGAGAAAUCUGAAGGAUUACAUAGAGAAAUAGAUCACAUGCGAAAAGAAAUUGAAAGAACUAAAAACAAUUGGGUUUCAACGUUCUUUGAUGUUGCUGGCGAUGCCUGCAUGAUAACACUGCCUUUGCCUGGUAAACUAAUUGGUGCAGGGCUGAAAAUUUUGAGCAAGCUCACACAAUGA